AUGAGCCUUGAAUACUUGAAGAAAACCAUCUCCAUGACUACCGACCAGCGUACUGCCUCCUCCAUUCUUCACUUCCACUGUCUUUCCAUUAAGAAUAUCUUGCCCAUCCUGUGUCGAGCGACCACCUGGCUGCCAAUGCCAAUUCAGGCCCGAAUAUGCAAGGCCUGGUUCACGCACGUUAAGGAAGCAUCUGCCUCUCCCACUGGCUCUUCUGCCACGAUAGGCUGCGGCGUUGGGGCAGACGCCAGUCUAGUGGAUCUCCAGAAGAUCCUAAUGCAGCAGAUUACUCUCCGUUGUCUCACGCUUGACCCUGAUUCUACACCCAACGACGACAAGCAAAUCCGUGAGGCCGCUAAAGUCCUGCGGAUAGUCUUCUUCUCCAGCCUUCUCGUGGGCGGCUUAGAUUCACAGGAACAGCGUGAGCGAGAAGCCCGUGAAAACGCGGAAUUGGAAACCCUUCUUCCGUCCCAGGGCACCCGGCACCCAAGACGUCAAAUUAGACAGGACCCAUUGGCCGUCAGUCUCGGCAUUCAUCCUAAUGAUUGCCGAAAUCCCCUUAUACCAGCCAGCGAAUUUAUCAAUGAAACACUUAAUGAUGUGAUCGAUCCCGAAAAGGACUUCCUUUGCUACCGUUCACGCGGCGACAAACUCAGCUUCAUGGAGUUGCCCUUCCUUCUGCAAACAACAACGAAGAGUGUCCAGCUCUUUUAUGAUAAUCGUCUUCGGAUGCUGGAAGAACGACGCAGUGCCUUUCUACACUCUCUCCUAGCCAGCGAUCCCGAGCUGCCCUUCUUCAAAUUACGCGUUGCCAGAGAGCGGGUCGUCGAAGAUGCGCUCGUUGUUGUGAGUUGUUAUCGUAUUCUUGGCUUGUUGCGGUAG